AUGCCGGACAGUGGCCAAAAGCUUGAAGAGUUGUCCAUCAAGUUGCGCCGUUAUCCAGGAGAAGCCUUGUCAACAUGGGCAUCAAGAGUGAUGGAGGCCUACAAGAAUGUGCAAAGAGCUUUGGCACGAGUGAAGAAGGAUACCAGACAAGAUGUUGAGACACCCAAGUCGAAAGAUGUCGAAAGAGGUUCUCGGGUGCCGCAAGCAGAUCCUGUUGCAGAAGGUCAGGAGAACGAUUGGUGGCACCAAGGCCAAUGGUACCGAUGGAGAAGUUGGCAUGGCAGGUCAUGGAGCCGACGUGAUGAAGAUGAGUCUUCAGAGGAAGAAGAGCCCGACACUUUGACGUGGGCAGGUUUGGAAAGUGCUGAUCAGGAGGUCCUCCCUUCUGAGAUCUUAGGGUGGGUUCUCCUGCGCCGAGCAGGACUGUCGGCCGGAGCCCGUUUGACGGUUCUGGCAGCGGCCCACAACUCACUGCCCUUCGAAGAUGUGGAAAAAGCCGUGCGUGACCAACAGGAAGAGCUUCUGAUGACCGAAUGGUACAACCAACGCAACUCACCACAUCACAAGAGGACGUAUUGGCCAGAAGAAGAUGAUCAGCGGUCCCUGGCGAUGGACCAUGCCAUAGAUGAUGAGCAGAUCACUCCGGAAGUCAUUCACUGGGUUGCCCGUCCUCCAAUGGAGCAGGCCUUUGCUCAUGACUAUGAGGAAGAAGAGGAGACCUACGAUGGGAUCUAUGAAUGGGAUGAAUGGGCAUACUGGCCAGAUGAUGGCGAGUGGCAUGCAUCUUUAGAUGAUGGGAGCUACGUCGCAUACUCCGAGAUGAAGCCGUGGCUUGAGAUUGCAAAUGUCAUGGCGGUGGAUGCUGAGCUUGACAGGGAGCUCUAUGAGACCUACAACAACUUUGAGAACAAGCCCGGAUACAGCGGGUGUCUCAUCUGUGGAGAUCUACAACACGACUUCCGCACUUGUCCCAAGCGGAGUCAAGGAAGCUUUCCGGGACAGAAGGGGCAUGGCAAGAUGAUUGGUUUGGUUGAAGAUUGGUCAGCCGGAUGCAUGGGCGGCAGCGAGUACGGAGCCCCAAGCGAUGCCUACUCGUCCAUCAACGACCUGGGUGCUCGUGACAAUCUCCUCCUCGAAGGAGCCCGUGGUGACAUCUACAUGACUGAAGAUGCCGAGGGUGACAAGUCCGAGACGGAGGGUGAAGAUGUGACCUUGAAGAUUUUCGCAGCAGAAGAAGCUCUAUCAAGUGAUCUUUCGCCAGCGCGAAGUCUGCAGUAUGCUGUGGUAGAUACGGGUGCAACCGAAACCGUAGGCCCACUGGAUGCAUUGGAUGCCGUGAUGGCACAGCGAGGAAAGGUAUUCGGACAAGAACAGGUCAAGGUGGACACUCAGAAGCAGAAGCAGUUCAAGUUUGGAAGCGCCAGGCCCACUGUGCUGAAUCCUAGCAUCAACCGUGAGUGGAACUUGGAAUCCAAUCUUACUGUGGACAUGCAUGAGCAGCAAAAAGGAAAUAGCAGCGUGUGUGAGGGGUAUUCCAUGGUAGGUUCCAAGCGAAGUGAUGAAAUUGAUCAGGCGAGGAUAGGUCGUAAGACUGAGGUUGGCAAUCAGGAAAAGACAGGCCAGGUUGACGAUCAGGGUGCAGCUCUUAGUGUGAAAAGUCCAGAACCCGUUCCUCAGCCUGGAACCCUAGCUCAAGCGCUGGAACCUAAGUGUGACCGGUCAGAACCCCAGACACCAGUGUCUCCAGAUGGCGACCGUCUCGGAGAUCAAGGGCACCGGCAAGGGGAGCACAAAGUCCAAGAAGGAGAAGGGCGGGAUUGGGACCGCGAGGAGGGACCCAAUCCAGCCGACUGCAGGACAGUCGGACCACCAUGCAGUCAUGUUCCGAUGCCCAUUGGACGAGGAAGCAAGUCGGGAUCCAACGGGUUUGCUCGUUGGAUUGUGUGCAGCAGGUGCCAGUUGCGGCUGUCCUACGUCCCAGCAGUGGGGGCGAAAGGGACGAGCCGAAGCCCAGGCCGUCUCCCAGCAGAUAUCGUCACUGCACUCGAGCUGGGAGUGGACGAUCUGUCCACCCAAGGGAUCGCCUUAGAAGCAGCCGAGAAGUCGUUGAUGAAGCGUUUGGAGGCAGCGCAGACGGAGAAGAAAGACCACCGCCUGAAACUCAAGACCAAGAAAGAGGAGAUCACUCCGAAGGAGGAGGACGAGAAGAUGAAGACACACCGGGCAGAAAAGCGACGAAGCGCGAGAACGAAGAUGGGAGCCAGUGGUGCCGGACGUGACUCAGGGCCAGAGCUACUUGCUUAUAGCAGUACUUGGAUGGCCUCACCGCUGGGUCCAGUGAGGUGGAACAAGAUCAACGUACUAAAGAACGUGAAGAGGACAGUGUUGUGCCCAGCAUUUCGCAGCAAAAUUUUGAUUGAGCAGUCUUGGAACGCCUCGCUGGAUGAAGUGGUUGCCGCCAUGAAUGAUUUCCCAUCUUUUCAUUUGGACCACAUGGAAGUAUGCUGUGGGCAGAGCCGUCUCACAGCGUGCAUUCAACAGAUGGGAGGAAAGGCAGAAAGAAUAUGA